AUGCCAAGAAUUGUGCACAAUGGCAAGUAUUCGUUGCGAAUUGGAAAUACGACCGAUACUGCCGUUGUCGCAAUGGCCUCGAGAGUAAUAGAUAUCUAUUCUGAUUCCGGCAUCUAUUUUGCAUGGUUAGCGGUUUUACAAAUCGGUCACUCUGAAGGAACGGCUAGUUUUAUAAUGAUCGAGCUGAACGAUAUUGACAACAACGAUACAGUUAUCAAAAGAUACUAUGAGGCUACCUCGUCAUCAGCUGGAGCUGAUAGUCGUUUUAGUAGCAGUGGUAUUCACUACUAUACACCUGCUUGGCAAGUCGAACAUUUGUCCAUCCAUAGCAACCGCACUGGUCACAGAUUCUCAUUAACUGUUACUGCAGCAGGCUGUACAUCAACAUCACAUCGAGGGUACGCCUACAUUGACAGCCUCGGUACCGCAAUACCAUAG